CAUCUAUAGUUUCUGUUAUCCACACAUAGCAACUUGUGGACUGGACGUAAACAACAUUGCUUUUUUUAAUCAUAUUUUUAAUUUUGCAAAACAAACAUGGACAAUCCAAGGGAAAUCGAAUCUAAAGAGUAUCUAGAAAAACACAAAAUUCUAGAGUUAUUCGACAAUAUCACUGCAAGUCUCGUUUUCCAAAGACCAGAAAAUCCAAAGGAAUUUAUGAUUCAAGAAAUAAAACAAAUGAAAGAAGCAAGAACAGCACAGACGGACUACCCUUGUUUAUUUGAUGAUAGCAACAUUCUUUCUGUCUAUGGGAUGCUUGAUCCAACGAAAAAGGGCUUCAUCAGUCUUACACAAUAUAAAGAAGCAUUGACUGCAAUGGGCUGCAAAGACUUUGAUACAUGUCCAGGUGGGAUGGAGAUGGAUCGGAUCUCUCAAGACACUUUUACUAGGGAAGCAAAAAUGGGAUUGAAAAGAGCAUCAGAAACAGUUGGUCCUCUGUAGGAUGAUGAAGGAAACGUGUGGAUGGACAUAUACAGCAGAGAUAACAAGCAGCAACAGAGACAAACAAGUGAAGCACCCCAAAAUAAUACUACAGUAUUGCAAAGCUAUUUUACUGUCGGUGUUGAGCCAAUAAAUUUUAAUAUAAUAUUGAUAUUAAGAAUUUGAAUUGCUCUUUGUGUAUAUUUAUGUAACAUAUUAAGCUCUGUCAAGGUUAUCAAAAUUUCUUUGACAAAAAUUUGCUGUAUGCCCAUAUAUAGUCAUAACAUGCUUAUAUGGUCAUGAUGUGAUGUCAUCAUGACCAUAUUUAGGCAUGUCACAUUUUUUGUCAAAUGGAAUGUGAUAGCCCAGACAGUGCUUUAAUUUUCAAUUGAAAAUUGAAAUGUGAAAAUUUAUUUUGGCAAUUAGCAAAUAUUGUUCCAAUAUUCUUUGUGUAGGUCCUUGUUGUCAUCAUCAUUAUCAUCAUUACCAUCAUCAUUAUCAUUAUCAUCAAUUUAUUAUUACCAUAGUCAUUAUCAUUCAUCAUCAAAAUCAUCAUUAUCACUAUCAUCAAUUCAUCAUCAUU